GUUGUUGCUCAACUUGAUAUUCUUUGGAUACUCACAAUGAAGCUAUCUCUUGCUGCAAUCCUGCUGGGUGCUCUGCCCAUGGUGCUGGCUGCCAAAGUGCUCAAGUCUGUCAUCGUGACUUUCCCCAAGGGAACGCCUGACUCGGUCGUUACGCAGGCCAAGGAUUCUCUGGUGGCUUCUGGUGGUAUUAUCACUCAUGAAUACCGUAAUAUGAUCCCCGUCGUUUCUUACGAUUCUUGCAAUACUCACAAUCUUUGCAACACCUAUUCAUACAUAUCAUCGAUAUCUAACCAUGCAUCUAGUGGUUUCGCUGCCGAGGCUCCUGUGAAUGCUCUCCAGACCCUCGCCACACAAGACACCCAGUACAAGCCGGACAUCGAGGAAGAUAAGGUUGUUACUGCGAACGGAGACUACGUGGGCGAUGUUGGAACAUUUUAA